GAAGUGCGGGCGGGCGGCGCGAGUAGCGGCGGCCGCGUUCUCAAGCCGGACCGGGUGGCAGGGACGGCUGCAGUGCUAGGAUCUGUAUUUCCAAUGGAUACUGAGGGAUUUGGUGAGCUCCUUCAGCAAGCUGAACAGCUUGCUGCUGAGACUGAGGGCAUCUCAGAGCUUCCCCAUGUGGAACGGAACUUACAGGAGAUCCAGCAAGCCGGCGAGCGCCUGCGUUCCCGUACCCUCACACGCACGUCCCAGGAGACAGCAGAUGUCAAGGCAUCAGUUCUCCUUGGGUCUCGGGGACUUGACAUAUCCCACAUCUCCCAGCGACUGGAGAGUCUAAGUGCAGCCACCACUUUUGAGCCUCUUGAGCCUGUGAAGGACACAGAUAUUCAGGGCUUCCUGAAGAAUGAGAAGGACAAUGCGCUGCUGUCUGCCAUUGAGGAAUCCCGGAAGCGGACCUUUGGCAUGGCUGAGGAGUACCAUCGGGAGUCAAUGCUGGUCGAGUGGGAACAAGUGAAACAGCGGAUUCUGCACACACUGCUGGCCUCAGGAGAGGAUGCCCUUGACUUCACCCAAGAGAGUGAGCCCAGUUACAUCAGUGAUGUGGGGCCCCCUGGCCGGAGCUCUCUGGAUAGCAUUGAGAUGGCCUACGCCCGGCAGAUUUAUAUCUAUAAUGAGAAGAUUGUCAGUGGCCACCUGCAGCCUAACCUUGUGGACCUCUGUGCUUCCGUCGCAGAGAUGGAUGAUAAGAGCAUUUCUGACAUGUGGACCAUGGUAAAACAAAUGACAGAUGUGUUGUUGGCACCAGCGACGGACGCCCUGAAGAGCCGGAGCAGCGUGGAAGUGCGCAUGGAGUUCGUCAGGCAGGCUUUGGGGUACCUCGAGCAGAGUUAUAAGAAUUACACACUUGUGACCGUGUUUGGAAAUUUGCAUCAGGCCCAGCUGGGUGGCGUGCCUGGGACUUACCAGUUGGUGCGAAGUUUCCUGAACAUUAAACUUCCAGCUCCCUUACCUGGACUUCAGGAUGGAGAGGUGGAAGGCCAUCCUGUCUGGGCACUGAUUUAUUACUGCAUGCGCUGCGGAGACCUGCUUGCUGCUUCACAGGUGGUGAAUCGAGCCCAGCACCAGCUGGGAGAGUUUAAGACCUGGUUCCAGGAAUACAUGAACAGCAAGGACAGAAGAUUGUCCCCAACUACGGAAAACAAGCUCCGGCUUCAUUACCGCAGAGCCCUCAGGAACAACACAGACCCCUACAAGCGGGCCGUGUACUGCAUCAUUGGCAGAUGCGACGUCACUGACAACCAGAGUGAAGUGGCGGACAAAACAGAGGACUACCUGUGGCUGAAGUUGAACCAAGUGUGCUUUGAUGACGAUGGCACCAGCUCCCCACAAGACAGGCUCACUCUCUCACAGUUCCAGAAACAGCUGUUGGAAGACUAUGGCGAGUCCCACUUUACGGUGAACCAGCAGCCCUUCCUGUACUUCCAAGUACUGUUCCUGACAGCACAGUUCGAAGCCGCCAUUGCUUUUCUCUUCCGCAUGGAGCGACUGCGUUGUCAUGCUGUCCAUGUGGCCCUGGUGCUGUUUGAGCUGAAGCUGCUUUUAAAAUCCUCAGGACAGAGUGCUCAGCUCCUCAGCCAUGAGCCUGGUGACCCUCCUUGCAUGCGACGGCUAAACUUUGUGCGACUACUCAUGCUUUAUACCAGGAAGUUCGAGUCCACAGACCCGAGGGAGGCCCUCCAGUACUUUUACUUCCUCAGGGAGGAGAAAGAUAGUCAAGGAGAAAACAUGUUUUUGCGCUGUGUGAGUGAGCUGGUGAUCGAAAGUCGAGAGUUCGAUAUGAUACUUGGGAAACUAGAGAAUGACGGAAGUAGAAAGCCUGGAGUCAUAGAUAAGUUUACUAGUGACACAAAGCCUAUUAUCAACAAAGUUGCUUCCGUGGCAGAAAAUAAAGGACUGUUUGAAGAAGCAGCAAAGCUCUAUGACCUUGCCAAGAAUGCUGACAAGGUACUGGAGCUGAUGAACAAACUGCUGAGCCCUGUCGUUCCUCAGAUCAGUGCCCCCCAGUCCAACAAGGAACGGCUGAAGAACAUGGCGCUCUCCAUCGCUGAGCGGUACAGGACUCAGGGAAUAAGUGCAAAUAAAUUUGUGGACUCCACAUUCUACCUUUUGUUGGACUUGAUCACCUUUUUUGAUGAGUAUCACAACGGUCACAUUGACAGAGCCUUUGAUAUAAUUGAUCGCUUGAAGCUGGUGCCCCUGAAUCAGGAAAGCGUGGAAGAGAGAGUAGCUGCCUUCAGAAAUUUCAGCGAUGAAAUCAGGCACAACCUCUCAGAAGUUCUUCUUGCCACCAUGAACAUCUUGUUCACACAGUUUAAGAGACUUAAGGGGACCAGUCCAUCCUCGGCAUCCAGGCCCCAGCGAGUCAUCGAGGACCGUGACUCUGUGCCUCAUGGGGGCCUCAGAAGCUCAACCCUCGUAGAGGCAGAUGGACAGAACCCAUCCAGGAGGCAGAGAGGCUCAGAAAACCAACUCCGAAGUCAAGCCCGAGCCCUGAUUACCUUUGCUGGAAUGAUACCCUACCGGACGUCUGGGGACACCAAUGCAAGGCUGGUGCAGAUGGAGGUCCUCAUGAAUUAAGUGCCAUGCUUGGGGCUUCUGGGAUUGGACACUGCUGGUACAUUAGGCACACGGGUCCACUGGGGUGGAGUUUCUGGUUUUGUUUCUGUUGUGUUGUUUUGUUUUGUUUUUUGUAUUAUGUAUUUUUGUCAACACCAAUAAAUUUCUUUGAUUUGUA